CUGGAGAAGCCAGGGCUGCAGUGGUAAUAUUCCUCAUUUGUUUGUGUCACAAAGAGGAUUUAUUUGCAGGGAGAGUGCAACUCCAGAGAAAAUGAACAGUCAAUACAUACGUCACGAAGUGAGGGGAUGUGAAACCAGUGACCUGAGAAACUUCUGGGAAAAGACUAUUGAACAACAAACUCGGUAUCUGCAAAUUGAAAAAGAACGUCAGCAAAGAAGCGCUCUGACAAAGCUCAGAAAUGAAUGGAUGGAGAGGCUGGAAAAGCGGAUAAAGAUGUUGAGAACUGAACCUGAAGACCCAUCUAGCUGAAGAUCCACAUUCAUUGCAUGUAAAAAAGAAAAUAGUUUUGUAGGAGAGCAUGAUGGUGUGAUUCAAAAGCUCAAGUCAAUUUUACUUUGUGGCUUACAUGAGCUAUAAAUAAUUAGCUGUCCAUUAGAAGCUUCAUGUGUAAAAUGUGUAUUGCUGCUUUUAAUAUUAUGUGUCCAUCCCAUUAUUUGAUAAACAGAGAUUGAAGUACUCUGAAGUCUUCAAGACUAAUGAAUCAUGGUUCACUGAGCUGGGGAUGCUUGGGAAAAAUACAGUUCAGCUACAUAACGUUCAGCAAAAGCAUUUCCUGGACAUUUUAGUUUUUUCUCUAAACUGAUGGUAAUUUAAUGAAAUGGUUCUCUUUUUAAUGACUAGUUGAGUGUUUCUGGUUUUGUUUUUGUUUUAAAUACAGCAGAGCCCUUCUCAGACUAAGGAAGUGGGGACAUACAUAAAAAUACUAUCACAUCCAAAAUCACAAGUAGUGUUCUAUUUGUUAGGUGUAACAGAUUCUUGCUUCUGUAUUAAAUAUCUGUAAAGUCAUUAAUACAUAUUCUGAGAAAUAGACUUUGUGACAUACCAACAAGAGUUGCUUUAUUUGUUAACCCACAUUAUCUAACUUGAGAUGCUAUGCCACCAAAGUCAAAAUGACUUGGAGUUUGAGGGAUAGUUCUGGUACCCAAACCAACUUGUCUAGAACUGGUCUGGUAUCUCUUACACAGAGCAAGCUGGUGUACCUUCAAAGCUGCCUGUCAUCAUGAGUGACAAGCACACUUUUUGCUCUAACAUGGUGAGACCCAGUAAA